AUGAAGUCGUUAUGCAAAUAUGCCGUAUCACAGACUUCGAUUUUACCGCGUGAUCAGCGUAAUUGCAUAAUUUAUAGGAAACCUUUUAAUUGUCUUAUAAAAUUUUCACUAAAUAAUAGUUAUUCAACAGACGAAAAGUCAAAAGAGCAUUCAGAUUUUCAACAAAUUAAAAAUGCAUCUAAAAAUGCAUCUAAAUUGCACACCAGUUUAUCCUCAUUUCUUUCCAAAGUGCAAGCUUCCACGGAUAUAAUAUCCCAACCUAAGUCCAACGUUCAAAAACAACCAUUACUUAAGCGAAUAAACGAAUUUACUAAAGCUAUGAAAGUUAAUGGUGUUAAGGAUGUACUUUCCACUGCAUCUAAUAAUUUAAAUAGAUUGACAGGAUACAGUGUAGUGGAGAACUUAAAAGAAAAGGUGAUUCAGAGGGAGAAAGAAUUUGAGACAGCACGAAAAUGUCUUGCAGCCGCUAAACUUGCAUAUGAAGAAAUUAUUGCUGCGCGAUCCGCAACGCAACGCGAAAUCAAUGAAUUGCUUCAACGUAAACAUCAAUGGUCAAGUGACGAUGUUCUGAGAUUUACACAACUUUACAAAAAUGAACACAUGAACGAACAAAUUGAAUCAUCAGCCAGGGAAGAAUUUCAGAAAUGUGAACAAAAAGUUGAACAAGAAUAUACAGAGUUAACAAGAUCAAUUAUGUUACGAUAUCAUGAAGAACAGGUCUGGAGUGAUAAGAUCCGUAGCGCAUCUACAUACG